UAACAUCUGCUGUUGUUUGAAUAUCCUUUGAACUUGCGUUUUCAUCUCCUUUCCUCGUCGUGUCUUCUCUCAUCCUCUGUAUCAAGCACUGUGUCAAGUUUUUCUCUCACAGAUGUUCAUCCUCAAAAAUGCGAUAUAUUCUCGACUGUUUUGUUCUAGCAAUCGACAAAAGAUAAUGGCAACCUUGACCAUGCAGAAGGAAAAUAUUAAUGCUGCCGGCGAUGGUGGUGAGUGCAAAAAACUCAAACUUGAUGAACAAACAGAGCAGCGUCUCACCAUUCGCUUCGUAAAGCUGAAUCCCGAUGCUCAGACACCAGCCUACGGUUCUCUUGCGGCUGCCGGCGCUGAUCUCCACAGUGCUGAAGACUGCACAGUCCCGGCACAUGGUAAGAUGUGCGUUUCGACUGGCUUGCAAGUGGAACUUCCUUUUGGAUAUUACGGACGAGUGGCACCUCGUUCUGGUCUCGCUGCCAAGAACUUCAUCGACGUCGGAGCUGGGGUUGUUGAUAGCGAUUACCGUGGCGAACUGAAAGUGUUGCUCUUUAACUUCGGCUCGACUGACUUCCAGGUCAAGAAGGGCGACCGAAUUGCUCAGCUGAUCUGUGAACGCAUCGCGCAUUGCAUAUUUGAGGAGUGCCAGUCUUUGACCGAUACUACUCGAGGUGCCGGAGGCUUCGGAUCCACUGGAAAGUAAUUCCCCAGUUCAUGCUGUUAUCUCCAUGCAUUUUAUUACCAACGGUGCAAGUGAUCUCUUUAUUUUGCUGUUACUGAAUAAAGUUGUUUCCUUU